AACUGUAGUAGGCAGUGUCGGACCUUUGACACGUCGCGAGAUUUCUUCGAUGGUGUCGCGCCACCAUGACAUCAUGAAGGAGGGCCAAUGAGCAGUGGCGACAGGGUGAAAGCUCUCUGUGUACAGUGAUCCAGAACAUCAGCUGAACUGUCUGAGUUUUAGCCAUGUCAUUAAUAAUCUUAACGUCAGCACACAGACUACGAUCAAUCUUUAGAUUGCAGAGAAUACAAGGACACAUGAUGUCCAGUCAAGCUGGGUCUGACGUUCUGUUUGAGAAAAGAGGGAAUGCUGGUGUCAUCACACUAAACAGACCCAAAGCUCUCAAUGCUCUGAAUCUCACCAUGAUCAGACACAUCUACCCUCAGCUCAAGAAAUGGGACAAAGACUCAGAAACAGAUAUUGUGAUAAUUAAAGGAGCAGGAGAGAAAGCGUUCUGUGCUGGUGGGGAUAUCAGAGCUGUCACAGAGGCUGGAAAAGCAAACGAUUCCUUAGCUCAAGACUUUUUCCGUGAGGAAUACAUUCUGAAUAACACUAUCGGUACAUAUCAGAAACCUUAUGUGGCCUUAAUUGAUGGAAUUACAAUGGGAGGAGGCGUGGGUCUUUCAGUUCAUGGACGGUUUCGUGUGGCCACUGAGAAGACACUGUUUGCCAUGCCAGAGACAGGCAUCGGUCUGUUCCCUGAUGUUGGUGGUGGCUACUUCCUGCCUAGACUUCAAGGCAAGCUGGGGCUUUUUCUCGCCCUGACAGGGUUUCGCCUCAAAGGAAGAGAUGUUCAAAAAGUUGGAGUGGCUACUCACUUUGUGCAGUCUGAGAAGAUUGCAUCUCUUGAGAAAGAUCUUGUUGACUUGAAGUCUCCAUCUAUCAGCGACGUGGCCCAACUACUCGAUUCUUAUCAAGAACAGAGCAGUCUGGAUGCUGAGAAACCUUUUGUGCUGCAAGAACAGACAAAGACCAUCGACAGGCUCUUUUCAGCUGGAAGUGUGGAGGAGAUCAUGGAGAACCUUAAGAAAGAUGGCUCUGCUUUUGCACUCAAACAGACUGAGAUUCUGGCCAAAAUGUCACCAACCUCUCUGAAGUUAACUUUCAGGCAGAUUCAGGAAGGAGCGAGAAUGAGUUUGCAGGAGGUGCUGGUGAUGGAGUAUAGACUCAGUCAGGCCUGUAUGAGAGGCCACGAUUUUUAUGAGGGAGUCAGAGCAGUUCUAAUCGAUAAAGACCAGAGUCCGAAGUGGAAACCUUCUACCCUGUCCGAGGUCUCAGAGCAGGCUGUAGAAGAAUGCUUCAGCUCCCUGGGUGAAAGAGAUCUCAAACUAUAGAAACUCCCGUCAAAAAUCCUGCAAGUUGCUUUUAUAAACCUCUGAAAUUUAUCAAAGAAAUCUGCAUUGUUAUAUCUGUCAGCAGAACUGACAAAUGCAAAAAUAAUUCUGCUGCUUACAGCUAAAGCAAACGCUCCUCUGAGACUUCUGCACAGAUCUGCUGAUCCUUGUGUUGAAAUGAAAAAUGCUGGUUUCUUGAGGAAAUUCAGAGGUUUAGGGAGUUUUCUUUUCUCCACUGAGAAAUGGCAUUUAAAAUAAGCUAAUCAAUUGAGAGCACCCUAGUCAUAUUUUAAAGGAAAAGUUCACCCAAAAAUGUAAAUUAUGCAAUUAUUUACGCAACCCCAUUUCAGACAUGCUUUUAAUCUUACAGUUUUCAUGCAGGUUAUUAUAUAAAAUGAACUAGAAUAAGGUUCUACAAAUAUUCUAAUUUUGUGUUCCACAGAAAAAAAUAUUUGAAAUGACAUGGUGAGUAAAUAAUGACAGCAUUUCCAUUUUGGGUGAACUAUAUGACAAUAUGAAUUUACAGCAGACUUGUCAGUGUGAGGUGCUGGGAAUCAUAUCUUGCGUACUUAAUUCUUAGAGGUGUCAUUUUCCUCCAUACUGUGUAAUCAUUUACUGUGUAAACCCUGUGGAAAAGAAUGGCAGACAAUUAUUUUUGCACAUUCUGUAAUCCAUGAUUAACCUUGACAACCUUAACACAUACCCUGGCCACGAUUCAAUUUGGCGGGAUUAAAGUAUUGUCAUGUGGUGCAUGCAGUAUGACUACCAUUAACCACACUGUUUACUGCACAAGCAGUUCUACUGGCCUAGACUAUAGACGUAUCAAAUCUGACAGAAUAAAAAUGUCGAGACAACUGUGAUGCCUUGAAUUCAAAUGAUUCGAUCUCCUCUGCUUUGUUCAUAUAUCUGUGGAUGCUCAUAAAAGGUGUGUGACCUAUAUUUGUGCAAAAACAAAACAUAAAAAGAUUGUAAAUAUGCCAUACAAUUAACAUGCCCACAGCACCUCUCAAUAAAACAAACAGUGUAAAAAAAAA